UUCUACCAAACCAAAACCAAAAUGACUGAAACCGAAGUUGCUGCCGCGGCUCCAGCUGCCUCUCCUGCCAAGUCCACCAAGAAGCCAAAGGCCCCCAAGGGAGAUAAGAAGCCAAAGAAGCCAUCCACCCACCCGCCAGUCAACGACAUGGUGGUUGCCGCCAUCAAGACCCUGAAGGAACGCAAGGGAUCGUCGUUGCAGGCCAUCAAGAAGUACAUCGCUGCCAACUACAAGUGUGAUGUGGCCAAGCUGUCACCCUUCAUCAAGAAGGCCCUGAAGAGCGGUGUCGAGAAGGGCAAGUUCACCCAACCCAAGGGCACCGGUGCUUCCGGAUCGUUCAAGAUCAAGGCUGAGGAUAAGAAGCCAGCUGGCGAGAAGAAGAAGAAGGUCGCCGCCAAGAAGCCAAAGAAGGCCGCUGGUGAGAAGAAGACCGUGGCCAAGAAGCCAAAGGCCGCUGGCGCCAAGAAACCAAAAGCCGCUGCCGCUAAGAAGCCAAAGGCCGCCGCUGAAAAGAAGGCCAAGGCUGCCACGGCCAAGACCGCCAAGAAAGCUGGCACCGUAAAGAAGGCUGCUGCCCCCAAGAAGGCCGCUGCCAAGCCAAAGGCUGCUGCCAAGAAGCCAAAGACCCCCAAGAAGCCUGUUGCCAAGAAGAAUGUGGCUAAGAAGGCUGCUGCCAAGAAAUUCGCCCUACAACAUCUGCCAUGAAACCAUCCUGAGGAUCUUCCCGCUUAUUCUAAACGUUGCCAGAUUUUGGGUAUUUAUACACUGGAACGCCGUCGAAGGAUUCAACAGGCAACAUUUGUCGCUAAAGUAUUAACGGGACAGUCCAGUCACAACGUAUGCUGGGAAUGCUAUUGUUUUGUGUGCCAUCAAGAACCUUACGAUCUCACUCGUUGCUGUUAAAUCAAGUCUACCGAACAUCCUCGAGGCUAUAUUGAGCCAUUAAGUGGGAUGAGUGUGAUCCCUGGACGCUGAUCAUUUGCACCAAUUUCAUGAACCUACUAGCCGAUUUACUCGUCGAUUUUGUCGGUCCAGUUUAUGUCAAUCUAUCUAAUCGUCACUAUUUUGUCGCUUCUACGCUGUUGUCCUUUCCGAAGGAUUAGAAUAUUGUGCGUAUACCAUUCGGUUUGUAUUGGGUAUUUGCUAGUUUUCAAAUGAAGAUACAUCAUGAAUUGAACGGCUACCUUUUGGGUUUAAAAAUGUGCCAGAUUGAUCUCGGAGGGAUGAUUAUUAUGGCAAAAUGAAUUCAAACGAUAUUUUUUUGGUAUACAAAUAUGUCCAGAUGGUUUCCAAAGGACGAUGCAUAUUGCAAUACCUGUGAUACACAGCAAGCAUGAACAAGCGCCAGCAUAAAUGUUACCUAGCCGCCAUCUUGCGUUCGAUUUUUUUCACUUAUAAUU